UUUUAAAAACAUUAACACGUGAAUUUGUAAAAUAUUAUUUAAAGCAUUUAAAACGUGAAUUAACAAGAAAAAUGGCAAAGUUUCGUAGUAAAUUAAAGCGUAAUAAGAGUGGAAAAGCACUCCCGAAAGGACAGUCUUCAUUGUCAAAUCCAGAGAUUAAUAAACAUCGAUUAAAAGCGAGAAGCAAGUUUUUCCAACCGAAUUUGCAAAACAAUUCCAACUCAAAUAAUGGCUUGACAAUGGAAGCAGUUGAAAAACAUGAAGCAAUUCAGUCAUUUAAAAUGUCAGAUCCAAUAAAGUCACUUUCUGGAUCUUUAAAAGACUUUUCGAUCGACGAUGAUGGUGAAUUCUCACAAUCACAGCGUUCCAUGAGUCAGGCUACCACUUUUGCUACUCAAUUUUCUGCUACAUCAAAUAUGUCAUUCAAUAAAUUACUUAUGAACUUUCAGCCAAAUUCACAGGUUCAUAAAGAAAUGCUUGCAAUUUUAGCGGCAUUAACAGAAAUAAUUAAGGAAAAGGGUGGAAGUGAGACAAAUACAGAAUAUUUCUUAGCAUUGAUGGAAACAAUAGAGAAUGUUAAAGAUGAUAAUGAUCUUCAUGCAGCUUUAAUGCUGCUUAAUAUGGGUAUAAAAUCAGUUUCACAAGCUGUUUUAAGGAAAAAGUUUAACGAAACGGCAGAAGUACUAUUAAAUUUGAUAGCACGAUUUGCUGAUAAAGAGAAUAACAUAAUAAAGAUCAUUUUAAGUAGUCUCUCAGUCGUUUUGCGUGCUCAAGAAUAUUCACAAUGGAAGUUGAGCAGCACAAUGAAAUUUUUCGAUGCUAUUCUAGCUUUUGUGACUCAUUCAAAGCCUAAAAUAAGAAAAGCAGCACAUCAUGCAGUUGCUGGUGUCUUAUAUGCUAGCUGCUUUAUGUUGCCACCAAAAAAUGAAGACGAUGAUGAGGAAAUGAAGACAGAAGCUCCAAAAAUCGUCCAUCCAGCAUCAUCAAGAAUGGCUAAAUUUUGCAUCGAUCAAUUUAAGCCUGAAAUAAUAAACAAUAAUCAAACUCUACUUCUUCAUGUCAUCAGUGUCCUUCAAUCUAUCAUUCCAUGCUUUGGCAAGGAUGAUAUUAAGAACAUAUCUGAGCAUCUUUUAUCAAUUAUGACUUCAUCAAAUAUUAUGGUUCGUACAAAUUGUUUCCAAACUUUUCAUUCUUUAUUCAGCUCGUCUACAAACAAUAAUAAUUUGUCGACACAACUUGUUGGACGUCUAUUAUCAGCACUUUAUGAAUAUCGUCCAGAUCGAUCUGAUUUUAGACAAAUUCUAGCUUGGAUUGUUGUUAUGAAACAAGGUCACAUUAAAUUAGCAUCAUUAAGUCAAGAUACAUGUAUACAAGCAUUGCCUAAAUUCUUUGAGAUUUGUAUUAAUGAUUUAUGGCUUAGUGACAAGCUUGAUGUUGUUGCUGGAACUUCUAAUGCAUUAAAAGAAGUUCUUGAAGAAUGUAUAAAGCCAAUUUGUAUGAGUGAAGAGGAACCGCCAGUCUUUUAUGCUUCUUAUAUUAAGAAAAUUGUAUCAAUGAUCACAAAAGUCUUGGCAGCGCCAUUCAGUUCCACAACAAAUCAUGUCCUUGUCAUUUGUAGUGUCAUGUUUGAAUCUAUGGGAAAAUAUUAUGGAGAAGAGCUUGAAGAAGCUAUGACAAUUCUCGGACAACGAUAUGAUGAGCAAAGUGCUCAACGUGUUCACAUAGAACAUGCUGUCCAUUCAGCUAUUUCCACUAUUGAAACAGAAAGAGUCUUAAAAUGUAUUCCAUUAAUUGAUGCACAAGGAACAAUGUCAGUUAAAAGAUCUUGGAUACUUCCAUUACUACGUGAAGGCUUGCAUAAUUCAUCACUUGAAUAUUUUAAUAAUCACAUCAUUAAACUUGCUUAUCAGUGCUACACAAAGUGGCAGAAAUUUAAGGAAAUGGACAAAAAAGCUGAAUCGCACAUUUAUGAACUUUUAUGUUGUCAACUUUGGGGUCUAUUUCCUGGAUUUUGUCGUAAACCCAAAGAUAUGCAUAACUUUAAACUUAUUGCUCGUACUCUUGGUGAUGUACUGAAUAAGAAUCCAGAUUUACGUCAACCAGUUCUUGAUGGAUUUAAGGAAAUUCUCGAAAAUCUUGAUGAUGAGAAUGACAAGCUUAUGUUUGCUAAAUAUGCUGAGAAUUACUUGACGAGAUUCUUUAAUAUUUAUACAUCCAAGCCAUCAACAUCGUACGAAAGGGAAACAAGAAUUGCAACAUUUGAAGUCGCUCAAUUGUAUCUUAAAAUCACACCAAAAGAGACACUUGACAAAUUAUUUGAGAAUGCAUUAAAGGAAAUGGCAUCAAAACCACCUGGAUCUUUCAUUUAUGAUUCAUUAUUUGAUCUAAUUGAGGCACUAGCUAUGUAUCAAUCAUGUGAUAAAUUAACGGAAUUAUACAAAAGUUAUAUAGUCACAACAUUGAUUAAGGACAAAAAGGAUGUUGAGGCUGAGGACAGCAAAAAGAACAAAGACAGUAAUUUACGUAGAAGAUUAAAGAAAGCAUACAAAUUAUUACAGGACAUGCUUAGCAGUGAGAAUGAUGGAUGUACUGAUUUUGUUGCAGCUGAAUUAAAUAAUAUUGAAAAGAUAUUAAGCAGCACAUCAUAUAAAGUCAUUGAAGGAACACAAGUUAUGAGAUUAGCUUGUAUUAAUUUAGUUCUUGAGAAGAAAGAUGCUGUUGGAAUUGCCAAUAAAAUCAUUAAAACUGCAAUUUCUGAAUGCAUUGCUGGAUUUAAUAAUGAAGCUGUUUUAAAGGACGGAAUAGCUUACAAUUUAUUGAGAACAAUUGGAAAAAUAUUCCAGGAUGAAGAGAAGCUUAAUGAUUUUGUAGAUUGCAUUAUGGUUGGACUCGUUGGAAAGGAUCAUCAACUUAUCAGCAAUACAAUUUAUGCACUUAAAUUCAUCCUUCAAGAGUUCGGGGAAUCAAUGACAAUUGAGACAAUUAAAUUUAUGCAAGAUCAAGUCCUUGAAUUUGUUGUGAGCAAUCAAAGAAAUGAAGCUAAUGCUAGUCUAUAUUUCCUAGCAACAUUUACGAAAAUUCUUCCAUCAGCAUUUGUAGCCAAUCAAUUAGGACUAAUAAUGAAGGCAAUAACAUUAAUGCACGAAGAUUGUCGACGUCAUUCACGGCAAGUUUUGGGAUAUCUUUUAAAGAAAUUAUGCAAACGAUUUACAGCUGAAGAAGUCAUUAAACUUGUGCCUGGACAAUGUGAAUCAAUUCAUAAAAAGUUGAAAGUUAUUAGGAAGCAAAUGGCUAAAGCUAGGCGAAAUCAAUUAGAUCAAAUGAGAAACAAGUCAAAGAAGAAUCAAGAUGAUGAUUCGGACGAUGAGUUUUUGAAUUUGGAGAAAAAGAGCAUGACAAUUGGCGAUAUUUUAGCUGAUAGUGAUUCAGACAUGAGUGAUGGUGAAGAAGAAAAGAAGAAAUCAAAGACUAAAGCAAAGGAACCUCAAACAUUUAUACGCGAAAAUGAAGAUUCCAUCGUUGAUUUGGCUGAUCCAAAUGCUUUCAGUAAAAUCACAACCACAAAGUCCAACACUCAACAACUCAAACAGAAGACAAAGGAUCCAAAUCGUGGAUUUAAAACAGCACCUGAUGGUCGUUUAAUUAUCAAAGAUAUCGAAGACGAAGAAACAGACAGCGAUGAUGAUGAUCUGACUGGAUAUAAGGAAAAUGCUAAGGAAGAAUUAGACGGAAAUUCAUCAGAUGAAGACAAUGAGAAGGAUGUAGAUGAGGAAAAAGCAGGUCCAUCAAAGAAAAAAAUAGCAUUAAAUCCAUACAAAACUGGUGGAACUGGAAUUCAUCGUCCAUUAGCAGAAUCUGUAAAAUCUGGUGUGUCCAAUUAUUCAAAAACAUCAAAAGCUUCAAAGAUGACGAGUGCUAGUAAAAGUCCUGGAGUUGAAUAUAAGUCAAAGAAGGCAGGUGGUGAUGUUAAAAAGAAGGGAAAACAUGAGCCUUAUGCUUAUAUUCAAUUGAGUCGUAAUAACUUAAAUCGACGUAAGAGAAAAGCUGCUGGAAGUCAGUUUAAAGGUAUUGCUAAUAAGUCAAAGAAGAAGAAUAAGAAGUAAAGUUCAGAAUUUUGUAAAAAGAAUUAAAGUUAAAAGUUUCAUAAAAUAAAGGAAAUUUAUUUUAAAUUAA